AUGGAGGGAAAAUUCGAAAAGAUCCGUAAUCAGAUUAACUCUAAACUGGAUAAUCAGAAACAGGCAUUUGCACAGAUUGCUCAAUUACUGUUGGCCGUUGAACAAACAAUCAAAGAGCAGAAUGUUGCCGCCACAGCGACUGCAUAUUUUGGCGCACUUAUGACAAUGCUUGAUCAAACGUCACAAAACGAAAAGGCCAAAGAGCUGCGUGGACCAAUCUUGUACAUUUUGAAUAUGGUAUUACCCGAGCUGCCGCAAGCAAUAUCGCGCAAUAAAUUUAACGAAAUAUGGACAAUAUUAUCACAAAUCUUGGAAGAAAAGGAGAUAGAAGCUGCUAUGCUCAGAUCAGUUGCAGGAUGUCUGGAAAGUCUCCUCCUCGUCCAAGAUGCACAAAAAUGGAAUGAUUCAUUAACUAGAAAGGCAUUUACAUCUUUGUUGCUACUAUCUGUGGAUCGCAGGCCCAAGCCGCGAAAGAGAGCGCAAGAUGCAGUAAUCGUUAUUCUAAAUCAUCCUCCAGUAUCAUCUGUUCUCCAUCCAGCCGCUGGAAUGGCAUCAGAAUACUGUUUGAGAAUCUUGAAAAACACUGUAAAGUCAGAUAGACAAUCGGCGAUGCACAUACUUUCGCUUAUCAAGGCAAUCACUGGAAAUUGGCCCGCAAGUGGUCUUACGAUUCUCUGUCAAACACUGUUGAGCCUACCCAAAUACAAUGAUGCCUUUCUUACUGUAUCAACGUUUGAAGUCUUUGAAGCUCUUUUUAGAAAUAAUGGUGAUGGAUUUGCCAACAAUGGAAUUGAAGAUAUAAUAAAAUCAUUGGUUAGACUCACACCAAAUAUCCAAGAUGUCCAAGUAGCUCCUGUAUGGUUAGAAGUGGUUUCGAGAGGCUAUGUGAUAUAUUCAAAAGUCGACCCAUCAUCAAGUGCACAAUCCUUCCACGAUUUCUUCUUGAUACUUUUUACACUUCUCGAAUCCGACAAACAAGUCAUAAUAACGGCUGCUUCUCGAUGUCUCGCAACACUGACGUCUGAAUGCAUAACAGACACAAUGAUUAAAGAGACCUUGUCUAGAUGGAACAUUCAACGUGAAAACACUACUUUGGCAAAAACUAUCGCAACGGUGGAAGAAGGGUUUUCGAUCAAAUAUCAAGCUGCAUGGGGAGGGAUUUUGAACAUAUUGAAGGUGAUGUUUGAACGACUAGGGAAAUCAUCCAAAGAACUAUUGCUGCAUUUGUUGGAUAGGAUCGCCGAGUUGAGAGUCGAUUCUGCGCUCGGAUUAAAGGAUGUUGCCGACAAGACGCUUGGAGCGGCUAUCGCACAUGUGGAGCCAGAGCAUUUUUUGAUGGUGCUUCCUUUGAACUUGGAGAAUCCUGGAUCAACGGGAGAUGGUCGUGCGUGGCUUUUACCUUUACUGAGAGACCAUAUUCAAAAUACCUCUUUGGCUUAUUUUAUACAAAAUUUACUGCCAAUGAGCGAAAAACUUGUCCAGAAAUCGAUUGAAUUCCAAAGUAAAAAUCGCAUGAUUGAGGCAAAGGUUUAUGAGACUUUAACACAGCAAGUAUGGUCGCUCUUGCCUGGCUUUUGCAAUUUGCCGUAUGAUCUACCACAGGCACUCACGGAAGAAACGGCGGAAAUGUUGAGCACGAUGUUGUACAAGCAACCUGAACUGCGAUCAACUGUAUGUCAAGCACUGAAAUUACUAGUCGAGAAGAACAAAAAAUUCUUGAAUUCCGAAGAAGAUGACGACAAACUUAGAUACAAGUUCAAAAUGGACAAGGCGGCCGCGAAAGCGAACAUUGAGCUACUGUCAAGAUAUGCCCCUAAUUAUCUCGCAGUAUUCUUUAAUGUCUUUAGUCAAACAUGCCUUGGAAGUCGGGAAUAUAUUCUAGAAGUAACCAAUACAUAUUUGAGCAUCACGGGUGCGCAGGACAUUGCCGUUACGUUUCGUAAAAUUAUUCAAUUAUAUAUUGAAGCAUGCGCAGAUCCUGUGCCUCCAGCAAGACCAGACGAGCCACCACCAACAGCCUAUGUCAUGUUGGACUUGGCUAUUACUAUGAUUGAAUACCUGGAUUUGCAAGACAUUAAACAAUUCUACGACUUGAUUUCAAACCGACUUUCUGAAGAGGACCAAACGUUGCAAAAAAAAUUAUACAAAGCCUUUGUCAAGAUGUCAGAGACAGAGAAUGGCAAAAUUGUCAUUACACAAAAUCUGGAUGAUCUACAAGAGAAACUACUCGAGACAACUGCAGUGGCUGCUGCUCCUGCAAAAAAGGACCGACUGCGUCUAUUGAAUGAAGUCGUAAAGUUACUACCGUCGAAUGAUUUGCAUUUGAUACCCGGCGUGUUGAGUGAGGUCAUAUUAUCGACAAAAGAAGCAAAGAAAACUCGUAAUGCAGCUUAUGAUUUGCUUGUCGUCAUGGGUAAUAAGAUGAAGGCCGGUGGAGUUGUUGUUAUGCAAGGAGUGGCAGGCGCUGACGAAAUCGUUGAAGAUGCUCCAUCUACAGUAUCUGCAUCUAUCGAUGAGUUUGUAUUUUCCAUGGUUGUUGCCGGACUGGCUGCAACAACGCCGUAUAUGAUAAAUGCAACAAUUGCCUCGCUGUCUCGGUUGAUAUUCGAAUUCAAAGAUGACCUGGAUCCUAGCUUGUUGCACAAACUUCUCGACACGAUAGACAAUUUUGUUCAAUGUUCUACCAAGGAAAUCGUUAAAGCUGCUCUGGGUUUUGUAAAAGUUGUUAUCGUCUCGUUGUCUACAGAUUUCCUCUCUCCCCAUCUUCAGCAAAUAACCAACGGAAUACUUACCUGGUCUCACGAACACAAAGGCCACUUUAAAGUUAAAGUGAGACAUAUGAUUGAGAGAUUGAUUAGACGAUUUGGCUACGAAGUCGUUGAAAAAUAUAGCCAAAAAGUACAGAAAGUACGCCGUCAGGCUUUAACGAGCGCUUACGAAGAUGCUUUAUAUGGAAGUGAGAGUGACUUGGAAGACUCGGCCGACGAAAUCGAUGAACCUGCUUCACGCAAACCCGCCAAAUCAAAGAAAGACAAAUCAUCUUCCCGAAUAUGGAUCAAAGAGGAAGAAGACAUUCCAGUCGAUUUCCUUGAUCGUAGUGUCGUAUCGCGUAUCAUGGGUACUAACCCUCGAUCGAUUCGCAAGAAACCCAAAGCGUCAUCAGCGUUUAAAACGACGGGUGACGGCCGUAUGAUAAUUACAGAAUCCGAUAAUGAAGACAAUCCUACUAGCAAUGUUGCGUCAGAUGUUGCCAUGCAGGAUGUCGAGGAACGAUACCUCGAAGCUCAGCAAUCCACUAAUGCGUAUACUCGCGGACAGGGGAAUAAAAUAAAAUUCAAAACGAGAAAAAACGACGUGGAUUUGGAUGACGUUGAGCCCAUAGAUGCAAUAGCAAUUAGGAAUGCAAAAAAGAAAGAGAAAAAGAUGUUAGUUGGCAAGGAGUAUAGAGCCAAGAGGGCUGCCGGAGAUGUAAAGAGAAAGGGAAAGCCCGACCCAUAUGCCUAUGUGCCUUUAGCUAGCGUAUACAAAAAAUCGGGACAAAGAGGUAGUAAGAUUUCGAUGGUAGCAAAGGGCAGGGUGCAGAAGAGGCGAGCAUAA